GUCUGGGGGGCGGAGGCAGAGCCUGGGCCAAGGUGCACGGUGGCCACGCCCCGCGGGAGCCUGGAUGCUCAGCGCCUCCCCAAGCGCGCUCUCCUGGUUCCUGUGCACCCUCGAGGCUCCUUACAGCAGCCUGCGCUCCAAGCUCAGCCGCGAAGAGGCCAUGGCCAAGUCCAGGGGCCGGCUGUACCUCUGCAUGUGCUUGGCUGCAGCGCUGGCCUCUUUCCUGGCAGGAUUCAUGGUGGGCUGGUUUAUUAAGCCUCUCAAAGAAACAACUACUACCCACCGCUACCAUCAAAGUGUGCGGUGGAACCUGAUAUCUGAGAUGAAAGCUGAGAAUAUUAGGUCAUUUCUUCGUUCCUUUACAAAGCUCCCUCAUCUGGCGGGAACAGAACAAAAUUUGCUGCUUGCCAAGAAAAUCCAAACCCAGUGGAAGAAAUUUGGACUGGACUCUGCCAAGUUGGUUCAUUAUGAUGUUCUCCUGUCUUACCCUAAUGAGACAAAUGCCAAUUAUAUAUCCAUUGUGGAUGAACAUGGCAUUGAGAUUUUUAAAACUUCAUACCUUGAGCCGCCACCAGAUGGAUAUGAGAAUGUUACAGAUAUUGUACCGCCAUAUAAUGCUUUCUCAGCCCAAGGCACGCCAGAGGGAGAUCUUAUAUAUGUAAACUAUGCUCGUACUGAAGAUUUUUUCAAACUAGAAAGAGAAAUGGGCAUCAACUGCACGGGAAAGAUUGUUAUUGCCAGAUAUGGGAAGAUCUUCAGAGGAAAUAAAGUUAACAAUGCCAUGUCGGCAGGAGCCAUAGGCCUCAUCUUGUACUCAGAUCCAGCCGACUACUCUGCCCCUGAGGUACGGCCGUAUCCCGAAGGAUGGAACCUUCCUGGAACUGCAGCCCAGAGAGGGAACGUGUUAAACUUGAAUGGCGCUGGUGACCCGCUCACUCCAGGCUACCCAGCUAAAGAGUACACCUUUAGAUUGGAUGUUGAAGAAGGAGUGGGACUACCCAAAAUCCCUGUACAUCCCAUUGGAUAUAAUGAUGCAGAAAUAUUAUUACGCCACAUGGGGGGAACCGCGUCACCAGAUGACAGCUGGAAAGGAAGUCUGAAUGUGGAUUACAAUGUUGGGCCAGGCUUCACAGGGCGCGAUUCUUUCAGGUAUGUUAUUCUGGGAGGUCAUCGGGAUUCUGGGUGUUUGAGUAUCGACCCAACCACUGGCACUGCUGCUUUACAAGAAAUUGCUCAGAGUUUUGGGAAACUGAUGAGUAGAGGAUGGAGACCACGGAGAACUAUCAUUUUCGCCAGCUGGGAUGCAGAAGAAUUUGGACUUCUGGGAUCCACAGAAUGGGCUGAGGAGAAUGCAAAAACACUCCAGGAGAGAAGCAUCGCUUAUGUCAACUCAGAUUCAUCAAUUGAAGGCAAUUAUACUCUCAGAGUUGACUGUACACCCCUUCUUUACCAAUUGGUGUAUAAACUGACAAAAGAGAUCUCCAGCCCCGAUGAUGGUUUUCAGGGUAAAUCUCUUUAUGAAAGCUGGUUGGAAAAGGACCCUUCCUCUGAAAAUACAAACCUUCCUAGAAUCAACAAGCUGGGAUCUGGAAGCGACUUUGAAGCUUAUUUUCAGAGACUUGGCAUUGCGUCAGGCAGAGCCCGUUACACUAAGAAUAGGAAAACAGAGAAGUACAGCAGCUACCCGGUAUACCAUACAAUUUAUGAGACGUUUGAAUUGGUAGAAAAUUUUUAUGACCCUACGUUUAAAAAACAGCUCUCUGUGGCUCAAUUACGAGGCGCACUGGUUUAUGAGCUUGCAGACUCUCAAAUCAUUCCUUUCAAUAUUCAAGACUAUGCAAAAGCUUUGAAAAACCAUGCGACAAGUAUCUACAAUUUAUCCAAGAAACACGACCAACAAUUGAAAGACCAUGGAGUAUCAUUUGACGCCUUAUUUUCUGCUGUACAAAACUUCUCAGAGGCUGCUUCAGAUUUCCACAGAAGACUUACAGAAGUGGAUCUUAACAAUCCCAUGGCAGUGAGAAUUGUGAAUGACCAGCUGAUGCUCCUGGAAAGAGCAUUCAUCGAUCCCCUUGGUUUACCUGGGAGGAAGUUCUACAGGCACAUCAUCUUUGCUCCAAGUAGGCACAACAAAUAUGCUGGAGAAUCAUUUCCUGGGAUCUAUGAUGCUAUGUUUGAUAUUGAAAAUAAAGCAGACCCACGUUCAGCCUGGGCAGAAGUAAAGAAACACAUUUCUAUUGCAGCCUUUACAAUUCAAGCAGCAGCAGAAACACUGAAAGAAGUGGUAUAGUAAGGUCAGACAAGUGGCCAUCCAUUAAAAGUAUUACUGGAAGUCUGAGGAUAAAAUCCGUGUUUCAUCUUU